AAAAUUAUUUGCUCUCCUAUGUAUAAGGAUCUUGAUAUCAAUGAAUUAGAAAAGAUAAAAAAGGAAGAGGCUAUGCUUUCUCUGAAAAAAGCUACAACUAAUAUGAAAGUAUUUUAUUUUAUUAAUUUUAUUAGGAGCGUUUUGGAUAAUCUAAUUAAGACAUUUUAGAGGAAGAGUUUAAAUCGAAAACUGUAGGUUUAGUCACAAGAGAAGAAUUCAAAAGAAAAAGAGAGAAUAUUGAUAGAAUUUAUGUUUAAGAUCUUUAAAAAAAAUAAGAAGAAGAAGAAAGAAAAAAGUUAGAAUAAAAAUUAAAGAGAAAAUCAGAAUAUAAAUUAAAGACUUCAUUGUUAAGUUUUGAUUUAGAAUAAUAAGAACUUGAUGAUAAAAAAAAUUAUGGAAAAGAUAACAGCGUUGAUACUUUAUAUCUUCCAGAUAUGAAUAGAGAAAAAAAGAUUGAAGAAUUAACGAAAUAAUUUACAGGUAUUAUUGUUGAAUUUGAUUAGGCUUUAGAAGAAUAUGAAAAGAAUAUGGAAUUAUAAAGGGAGUAACUUAUAGAUAUUAAAUUUAAAUAUUGGGAUGCAUAAACUUGUACAAGAACUUUAAGAAUAAGAAAAAAGACUACAAUAAAAGAAUUUUUAGAAUUAGCUAGAAGAGAGAUUAUUAGAGAUUUUGGAUUUGUAAUGACAUUAUUAUUAUGUAGUUAACUGAGUUUAGUCCUGAUGAUCUACUUCUUGUAGCUAAUACAAUGAUUUUGCCUCAUAAAUUAUGUUUUCAUGAUAUAAUUGCUUAUAAGGUUAAAAAUCGAUCAGGAGAUCCAAUAUUUUAAUUUGAAUAAAGAAAGGUAUUCGAAAUUUGAUUAAUAUGAUUUAUAUAGGUUCAAGCUAGAGGUAAAGAAUAUGAAGUUGAAGUUGAAAACAAAACAACAUGUAGAAUAAUAGAAAAAUUUAGAUAUGAAAAAAUUAAACACAUAUAUCCUUGUUCAAAAUGGGAGGUUGUUGAUAUUAAUAAGUACUAAUGA